CAGACGUCUGGCGUCUGGCUCCUCUCGAUUUCCUCUGGCUCCCUUCGUUUCCAGAUUGUGUGUUUUGACUCGCUCGGUGCAAGAGUAAAAGGGUGUUGAUUUUUUUAGUGAAAUUUUGUGGAAAAAUGAGGAAGUUCUCACCGACGCUCUGGAUUAGCUCGAAAACUUGGGCCAUGAUUAUGGCCCUUAAGAACCUGGCCCUGGGUAUAUGCAUUAUAAUAGGCGGCAGCAUCUGGCUGUCAAGUAACGAAGUCCUGGAUACGUUUAAAACGUACUUUGCCUGCGGAGUUUUUAUUGGAAUUAUUAACAUUUUCGCCGGAAUUAUCCUGAUUACUGCCCUGAUACAGGGUAAAGAAAACAUCGUGCUUCUAUAUCUCCUUAUAGAGUUCGUCAUCUUAUUCACUCUGACAAUAUUUACGGCCAUGAAUAAUUUGGACUUUGAGAAUUUUUCGCCAACGUUUCUUAUAGCGUUCCUCCUAUGUAUUUCUCUUUGGAUUGGACAUUACAACGUCUACCUCUUCUACCUGGAGUUACAAAAAUAUAAUAACAGUUCUGUGCAAGCUGGGGUGGAAGAAAUCGCUUGCAAUACUCACCCCAACCCUAUGGAGUCGUUCCCUGAAAAAUCUUUGGAUACUACGACAGUUUAGAAGAAGAAGAAGUAGAAGAGAGUAUAUGUAGUAUGUUGGUAUCAACUACGUUACGGCUUAUGCGCAUGUUUAUAUUAUUUGAAAUAUGCUUAAGAGAGUAAGAGUUUGCCAAGUGUUUGGCGGGUAAAAUACACCGUUGCCAAGGUAUUUCCGAAAAAGUGUGUCUCCUAGAAAAAAUCUAGUACUCAUAAGCAACAUACUUUUGACAGACCUUUCUAGGAUAAAACGGUUAUAUAGGGAGCAUAAUUAAAACUGUUUUACAAGCAUUUUAUAUAGAAUUUAUUUAUGUAUGUACAUACAGGUUAUGUAAUAAAAAAU